AUGCUGAGUAUAGUGGAAGGCCUCCUCAUUUUUGUAGCAGUUAGUGAAUCAGUAUUGGGGAUUUUAGGGAAUGGAUUUAUUGGAGUUGUAAGCUGCAUUGACUGUGUGACAAGCAAGAAGAUCUCUACUGUCAGCCUUAUUCUCACUGGUAUUCUCACUGGCUUAGCCUCUUCCAGAUUUUGCCUGAUAUGGAUAAUAAUUACCGAUGCAUACGUGAGGAUGUUUUUUCCAUAUAUAUAUUUGUCUGGUAAUCUAAUUCAAUAUAUAGCUCACUUAUGGAUAAUUAUGAAUCAAUCAAGUGUCUGGUUUGCCACCAGCCUCAGCAUCUUCUACUUCCUGAAGAUAGCCAAUUAUUCCCACUGCAUUUUUCUCUGGCUGAAGGGUCACAUCAACAGGGUUCUUCUCCUUUUCAUGGGAUGCUUGCUUAUUUCAUGGCUAUUUGCUUUUCCAAGCAUUGCAAAGCCUAUUAUUAAUAAUAUUAUGAAGAACAGAAGCACAACCUGGCUGAUCAGCAUGCAUAAAAGUGAAUACUUGACAAAUCAGAUUCUGCUCAAUACUGGAGUCAUUCUUGUCUUUGUAUUAUGCCUGAUUACAUGUUUCUUAUUAAUCACUUCCCUUUGGAGACACAACAGAAAGAUGCAAUUGAGUGCCACAGGAUUCAGAGAUCCCAGCACUGAAGCACAUAUCAAAGCAAUGAAGAUCUUGGUGUCUUUUAUCAUCCUCUUUAUCUUGUAUUUUGUAGGCACUGCCAUACAAAUAUCAGUUGGUACUAUACCUGAAAACAAACUGUUGCUCAUUAUUGGCAUAACAACCAGACUCCUCUAUCCCUGGGGACACUCACUGAUCCUAAUUCUAGGAAACAGGAAGCUGAAGCAAGACUCUUUGAGGGUAUUGAAGCCAUUAAAGUGCUGGGAAAAAGAGAAAUUUCUUAGAAUUCCAUGA